AUGUUAGCGGUGGGGCAGAUGGACGGGUCUCGCCAGAACGCAUUUCUUCUCAAUACCCCACCUUUAGCCGCUCUACAUAGCAUGACCGAAAUGAAGACACCACUUUACCCAGCUUACCCUUUAUCGUCUACUGGACCAACAUCAUCUACCUCGCCGACAGCAACCUCUCCAAAUCCCGGUGGCAUUCCUGUCUCUUCCCCGGGAAUCAAAACAUCGACCGGACUUUCAUCUCUCGGAUCACAUCAGAACACGGGCGCAACCCCACACGGAAUAAACGACAUUCUUAGUCGUCCCUCGGUUGUCGCCUCUGGAGCAGCGGCUGCAGUUGCUGCAUCUUCUCCUGCUGGAAUCUUGUCUGGACUGCCUCGCUUCAAUAGCCUGAGUCCACCACCACCGCCCGGGCUGUAUUUUAGCCCAAGUGCUGCUGCUGUGGCUGUGGCCCGUUACCCUAAACCACUGACAGACCUUCCAGGCAGAACCCCAAUAUUUUGGCCAGGAGUCAUGCAGAGUCCACACUGGAGAGACGCCAGGUUCGCAUGCUCACCACAUCAAAAUUCUGUUCUGCUGGAUAAGGACGGGAAAAGGAAACAUACGCGACCAACGUUUUCCGGACAACAAAUUUUUGCGCUGGAAAAGACUUUCGAACAAACAAAAUAUUUAGCCGGACCAGAAAGGGCACGGCUGGCCUAUUCAUUGGGGAUGACAGAGAGUCAAGUGAAGGUGUGGUUUCAAAACCGAAGAACGAAAUGGAGAAAGCGUCACGCUGCUGAGAUGGCAUCGGCGAAGAAAAAACAAGAUUCAGAGACUGAGAGGCUGAAGGGGGCCUCUGAAAACGAAGAUGACGACGACGAUUAUAACAAGCCUUUAGACCCCAACUCAGACGAUGAAAAAAUAACUCAAUUAUUGAAAAAACACAAACCAAACUCUUCUCUUAUUAUCCACACCUCGGAAAACGAGAGCUCAUAA